UGUUACUAUUUCUGCUUUCACAGGUAUUACUGGCACCGCUAAGAAGAGCAUAUACACAAUUCAAUGAAAGCAUUUAGCUUUCUCUUAUUUUGCUUCUCUCUGCUUAUGGCUGUCUCUAUUGCAAGAGACACAAUCAACACACUGCAAUCUAUACGUGAUGGUGACAUAUUAAUUUCAGCAGAUGAAACCUUUGCGUUGGGAUUCUUCAGCCCUGGAACUUCCAAGAACCUUUAUGUCGGAAUUUGGUAUAACAAAGAUCCAACAAAGGCAAUAGUAUGGGUUGCAAACAGAGAAAAACCCCUCACUGACUCCUCAGGGGUUUUGAAGGUCAAAGACACCGGAAUUGUAGUCCUUCUUGACAGUAAUAAUAGCCUUAUUUGGUCAUCCAACACGACGCGAUCGGGGCGAAAUCCGGUUGCAAAGCUUUUGAAUUCUGGGAAUUUUGUUGUGCAGGAUGACACCAAUAGCGACACGGAAGACUUUGUGUGGCAAAGUUUUGACUAUCCAGGCGACACAAUCUUGCCUGGACAGAAGUUUGGAAGAAACUUAGCUACAGGACUAAAUCGGAGGACAACAUCAUGGAAAAGCUCUCAUGAUCCUUCUCCAGGUAGCUUUAGCUAUCAAUUUGAUAUUGAUGGAUAUCUGCAAUUAGUAUUAAGACAAGGCAGAACAAAAAGAUUUCGUUCUGGAUCAUGGAAUGGUAUCCAAUUUAGUGGGGUACCUCAAUUGAAAAAUGAGUCUGUAUUCAGAUUUAGCAUGAUUUCUAAUGAGGAAGAGGUGUAUAUUGUAUAUUGGAGUGUUGAUAGUUCUGUUCAUCUGAGGCUGCAGCUAGCAAUGGAUGGAUUCAGCCAGCGGAGAAGUUGGAGUGGUGGAAAUACAGGUUGGACCACAGUUUCGCACAUACCGGUGGAUGACUGUGAUUAUUAUGGAAAAUGUGGACCAUAUGCUAGCUGUGAUACAAACCAUUUUCCAAUGUGUGGAUGCUUAGAUGGAUUCGUGCAGAAUACUAUUGACUCAUCAAGUGGUUGUGUUAGGAGAACAUCAUUAAGUUGCAAUAACUCAGAUGGGUUUGUGAAGUUUUCAGGGCUAAAAUUACCAGACACAAAAGGAACUUGGUUUAAUACAAGUAUGAGUUUUGAGGAUUGUAGGAUUUUGUGCUUGAAAAACUGCUCUUGUACGGCUUAUGCAGCUUUGGAUGUCAGCAAAGGGCCAAAUUCAAAUGGUUGUUUACUUUGGUUUGGAAAGCUGAUGGAUAUGAAAGUGAUGACUGCAUCUGAAGAUAUUUAUGUAAAGAUGGCAGGGAAAGAUGUAGAAGCAAUUGUGCGAAAAAGAUUGCCGAAGUUCAAGAAAAAGAAGCAAAAGAUUACCACUGCCAUAAUCUGGGUGUUGUCUUCUGGAAUUUUGAUCUUAUGCUUGGCCAUCAUCAUUUAUAGAUGGGAGAUGCGUAAGAAAGGAAAGAUAAAAGAAGAAAGAGAAUCAGAUGAUUGUCAGCACGAUGAGGAAGAUCUAGAAUUGCCCUUAUUUGAUAUAAAUACGGUUACUUCUGCAACAAACAAUUUUUCAACUGACAACUUAUUAGGAAGAGGUGGUUUUGGACCAGUUUAUAAGGGUAUCUUGGAAGAUGCACAGGAAAUAGCUGUCAAGAGGCUUUCGAAGAAUUCAAGCCAAGGAUUCGAAGAGUUCAAAAAUGAAGUUAUGCAUGUUUCCAAACUUCAACACAGGAAUUUAGUAAGGCUACUAGGGUGCUGCAUUCAACCUGGGGACAGAUUGUUGAUUUAUGAAUUUAUGAGCAACAAAAGCUUGGAUUUUUUCAUAUUUGAUUGUGAGAAGGGAAAGCUACUAGAUUGGCCGAAGCGUUUUCGUAUCAUCAUUGGAAUUGCCAGAGGGCUUCUUUAUCUUCAUCAAGAUUCAAGACAUAGAAUAGUUCAUAGAGAUAUCAAGGCUGGGAAUGUUUUGUUAGAUGAUGAAUUGAAUCCUAGAAUCUCGGACUUUGGAAUAGCAAGAAGCUUUGUAGGAAAUGAAAGCGAAGCAAAUACAAGACAUAUUGUUGGAACUUAUGGCUAUCUAUCACCAGAGUACAUAGUUGGUGGGCUGUACUCAACAAAAUCUGAUGUCUAUAACUUUGGUGUACUAAUAUUAGAAAUAGUCAGUGGGAAGCGAAAUAAGGGAUUCAUCGAUAUUGACCACUACUUUAAUCUUCUUGCCGAUGCAUGGACACUUUUAGCGAAAGGCAAGUGCGUAGAAAUAGUUGAUGCAUCGAUCAGAGACUCAAUUAAUUUGCCAGAAGUCAUAAGAACAAUUCAUGUCGGUUUGCUAUGUGUGCAACGAAAUCCAGAAGAUCGACCAAGCAUGUCAUAUGUGCUUAUGAUGCUGAGUAGUGAAUGGGAACUACCUCAGCCAAAGAAGCCAGGGUUCUUUAUUGAGAGAGAUGUGGUUGGUGACCAUUCUACAGAUCUCAACAUUAAGCUCAAGGAUGAUAUUGAUAAUUGGCCAAUUCAACGUAUAGCAAAAUGCUUCAAAUGAAAUUUGGUACUACUGUGAAGUGCUUGAAUAGGAGUACUUGUAACUAUGAUUCAGGGAUGGUGUUGAAUUUUGAUAUUUUUUUGGUUAUGAGUAAUGCCUAUUUGGUUUAUACUCAACCGCGUUGAAGUUAAAAAGAAAAAAAAUAUGAAAAGUACCCAAAAAUGAAUUCAAAGGAAGGAACAAAGUAAAAGAAGGAAGCGGAAGAAAAUUUGGUGGAUCCUGAAUCUAAAUAAAAAUGAAACUAUAAUAGACAAGAAAGUGCACUCAAUGAGGUAUAGGUAUAGGUAUAAUUAUAAGAACAUGUAUAAUUAUAAGUAAGAACAUGUUGUAAUGAUAUAUACAUUUAGAGUAAAUGUUUUUCUUUUGCCUUAAAG